AUGUUGCAAGAGGAAAUUCUCCCAUCCCUACUAAACGAGGAAGGUGACUACCCUGUUUACUUCCGGCAAGAUGAAGCUCCACCACAUUAUGGUCAUCAACCUUUUUUUUUCAACCUUUUCUCCUUUCACUUACGUUUUCCUCCUUAUUCUCUCUUUCUCUUUCUGUCUUCUUCCUCUUCGUUAUUUUUUUUUACAGCCUUUUUUUUUUCAACCUUUUCUCCUUUCACUUACGUUUUCCUCCUCAUUCUCUCUUUCUCUUUCUGUCUUCUUCCUCUUCGUUAUUUUUUUACAGCCUUUUUUUUUCAACCUUUUCUCCUUUCACUUACGUUUUCCUCCUUAUUCUCUCUUUCUCUUUCUGUCUUCUUCCUCUUCGUUAUUUUUUUACAGCCUUUUUUUUUCAACCUUUUCUCCUUUCACUUACGUUUUCCUCCUUAUUCUCUCUUUCUCUUUCUGUCUUCUUCCUCUUCGUUAUUUUUUUACAGCCUUUUUUUUUCAACCUUUUCUCCUUUCCCUUACGUUUUCCUCCUUAUUCUCUCUUUCUCUUUCUGUCUUCUUCCUCUUCGUUAUUUUUUUGUGUGUGUUUUACGCUUUUCACCUUUAUUAUGUUGUUUUCUCUUUUUCUUUCUUUCAGUCUUUCUUUCUUUCUUUCUUUUCAUCUUGUUUUUUUCCUUUCAAUUUCUUUCCGUUCUCUCUUUCUCUUCUUUCGUUUCGCCUACCUUUUUCUUUUGUUUUUCAUUUUUCAUCUCUAUCAUGUUCUCUCUUUCUUUAUUCCUUCACCAUUCUAUUUUCUACUUAUCUGCUCUCUCGUUUUUCCACUCUUUCUUUCUUUCUUUCUUUCUUUCUUUUCCUGGGUUUUUGACUUCUCUCUUUACUGUCUAUUUCUUUUUUCAUUCUUCUGCCUCUAUCUUUCUCUCCCUCUCUCUCUCUCAAACUCACUAUUCCAUUCAUUAUUUUUUGUUAUUUUUCUCUCUCUAUAAUGUUUACCAUCUCUUUCUCCGCCUCUCCCUCUCCCUUUGUAUACUUUCUAUUUAUCUCUCUUUGUUUUACACUCUCUAUCUUUUUGCCAUCUUUAUUCUUCUAUGUGUAUAUAUUCUAUCUAUCUAUCUAUCUAUCUAUCUAUCUAUCUAUCUAUCUUCUUCGUGCUCUCAAUUUCUCUUUUUCCCUCUUAUUUUCAUCUGCUAA